CCGGGCGCCUGCUUGCUUGCUCGCUGGCUGUAGCCGCGGCGGCCGGGCGCAGCUGCGCGGCAGCUCUGCUCUCAGUGCCCUCAGUCUUUCGCACCUCCUCCCCCAGCCCCGGUGCAAGGGGCCUGGGGGGAAAUCUCUCCAGGAGCCACCUCGUCCUAAGCUAGGCACUCGGGCGAGGAGACCUGGUCCUGGGAAGUAGAGGAGGAGGAGGAAGAGGAGGAGAAGGAAAAGGAAAAGGAAAAGGAGAAAGAGGAGGAGGAGGGGAGCCUAGAGAAUUGCAGGGAAACAGGAUGGCACCACCUUCCCAAUCUCAUUGUCCUUGGAAGGAACAGCUGGGAUACUAGGGACAGCCUAGGAGCUACCAGGCCCAAAACAAAGGAUGGGGCCCCCCUUACAAGGGCCAGCGGCAGCCAGAGGCAACACAGUAUUCCCAACCUGGGGCCAGGACACCAGCUGAGUGGGGCGGGAGUCUCUAGGGCCAUGGCAGGUGCCUCAGUGAAGGUUGCUGUGAGGGUACGACCCUUUAACGCCCGAGAGAGCAGCCAUGAUGCCAAGUGUGUGGUCAGCAUGCAGGGCAACACCACCUCUAUCACUAACCCCAAGCAAAGCAAGGAUGCUCCCAAAAGCUUCACCUUUGAUUACUCCUACUGGUCCCACACCUCGGCAGAGGACCCUCAGUUUGCAUCUCAGCUUCAAGUGUAUCAGGAUAUUGGAGAAGAGAUGCUGCUUCAUGCCUUUGAGGGCUAUAAUGUCUGCAUCUUUGCCUAUGGACAGACAGGCGCUGGGAAAUCCUAUACCAUGAUGGGGCGGCAGGAGCCUGGACAGCAAGGCAUUGUGCCUCAGCUCUGUGAGGACCUCUUCUCUCGAGUUAGUGAGAACCAGAAUGCUCAGUUGUCCUACUCUGUGGAGGUGAGCUACAUGGAGAUCUAUUGUGAGCGUGUACGGGACCUUUUGAACCCCAAGAGUAGGGGGGGUCUGCGGGUACGAGAGCACCCCAUCUUGGGCCCCUAUGUUCAGGACCUGUCCAAGCUGGCAGUUACCUCCUAUGCUGACAUCGCUGACUUAAUGGACUGUGGCAACAAGGCCCGGACGGUGGCUGCCACCAACAUGAAUGAGACCAGCAGCCGUUCUCAUGCUGUCUUCACUAUUGUUUUUACUCAGCGUUGUCAUGACCAAUUCUCAGGACUAGACACAGAGAAGGUCAGUAAAAUUAGUUUGGUGGAUCUGGCUGGGAGUGAACGAGCUGAUUCUUCAGGGGCGCGGGGCAUGAGGCUGAAGGAAGGUGCCAAUAUAAAUAAGUCCCUGACCACUUUAGGAAAAGUGAUCUCAGCCCUAGCAGAAAUGCAAUCAAAGAAGCGGAAAUCAGAUUUCAUCCCUUAUAGGGAUUCUGUGCUCACGUGGCUGCUAAAGGAGAAUUUAGGAGGAAAUUCACGCACAGCAAUGAUUGCUGCUUUGAGCCCUGCAGAUAUCAACUAUGAAGAGACACUCAGCACCCUCAGAUAUGCAGACCGUACCAAGCAGAUCCGCUGUAAUGCAGUUAUCAAUGAAGACCCUAAUGCACGGCUGAUCAGAGAGCUACAAGAGGAGGUAGCCCGGCUCCGAGACCUGCUGCUGGCCCAAGGGCUCUCAGCCUCUGCUCUGGGAGUUGCAAAGUUAGAAAAGGGAAGCUGUGAAACUGGCUUGCCUGCUCUGCCAUCCCCACCUGCCCCAGACUCACCUUUGAAUACCCCACUUCACAAUGGGGAGUUGGAGUCAUCAUUUUCUUCUAAUGCUGAGCCCCAUAUUGGACCUGAGGAAGCUAUGGAGAGACUACAGGAGACAGAAAAGAUCAUUGCAGAGCUGAAUGAAACUUGGGAGGAGAAACUACGUAAGACGGAAGCUCUAAGAAUGGAGAGAGAAGCAUUGCUGGCAGAGAUGGGUGUAGCUGUACGAGAAGAUGGGGGGACUGUGGGCGUCUUUUCCCCCAAGAAGACUCCUCAUCUAGUGAACCUAAAUGAAGAUCCCUUGAUGUCAGAGUGUCUACUCUAUCACAUUAAAGACGGUAUCACCAGAGUAGGCCAAGUAGAUGUGGAUAUCAAACUGACUGGGCAAUUCAUCUUAGAGAAGCACUGUGUAUUUCGGAGUCUCACUCAGCCUGAUGGAGAAGUUGUGGUGACUCUGGAGCCCUUUGAGGGAGCUGAGACAUAUGUAAAUGGAAACCCUGUGACCCAGCCACUGGUGCUAAGAUCAGGGAACCGUAUUGUCCUGGGCAAGAACCAUGUCUUCCGCUUCAAUCACCCUGAGCAGGCUAGACUAGAACGAGAGCGUGGAGUCCCCCCAACCUCAGGGCCACCUGCUGAACCUGUGGAUUGGAACUUUGCCCAAAAAGAGCUUCUAGAGCAGCAGGGCAUUGAUAUCAAGCUGGAAAUGGAGAAGAGGCUACAGGAUCUUGAGAAUCAAUACCGGAAAGAGAAAGAAGAGGCUGAUCUUCUGUUAGAGCAGCAUCGAUUGUAUGCAGACUCAGACAGCGGGGAUGAUUCAGACAAACGCUCUUGUGAGGAGAGCUGGCGGCUGAUUUCGUCACUGCGAGAGCAACUUCCACCCACCACUGUCCAGUCCAUCGUCAAGCGCUGUGGCUUGCCCAGCAGUGGUAAGCGCAGGGCUCCACGGAGAGUCUAUCAGAUUCCCCAGCGACGGCGACUGCAGGGCAAGGACCCUCGAUGGGCCACGAUGGCAGACCUGAAGAUGCAGGCAGUGAAGGAAAUCUGUUACGAGGUGGCAUUGGCUGACUUCCGGCAUGGGAGGGCAGAGAUCGAGGCACUGGCUGCCCUCAAGAUGAAGGAGCUAUGCCGUACCUAUGGCAAAUCUGAAGGGCCUGGGGAUGCCUGGCGGGCUGUGGCAAGAGAUGUUUGGGAUACAGUAGGGGAAGAAGAAGGAAGUGGUGGAGGAGGGUCUACUGAGGAUGGGGCCCGAGGGGCUGAGGUAGAGGAUCUUCGAGCACACAUUGACAAACUGACUGGAAUCCUACAAGAAGUGAAGCUGCAAAAUAGCACCAAAGAUCGGGAACUUCGGGCGCUAAGGGAUCGGAUGCUGAGGAUGGAAAGAGUCAUCCCCCUCACCCAGGAAAAUGAGGAUGAAGUGGAUGUUGAGGUGACCUGGGCAGCCUCAGAAGGGAUAGAAAGUCCAGAAGGGACAACCCAUGGAGCUCUUACCCCCACUGUCCAGCCCCCAUCCCCUCCUCCCUCAAGCUGGGAACGGGUGUCCAGGUUGAUGGAAGAAGACCCUGCUUUCCGACGUGGCCGUCUUAGAUGGCUCAAACAGGAGCAGCAGCGCCUUCAGGGGUUACAAGGCCUUGCUGGAGGCCGAGGUGGGGGGCUUCGCAGACCUCCUGCCCGAUUUGUUCCACCCCAUGAUUGCAAAUUGCGAUUUCCCUUCAAGAGCAAUCCCCAGCACCGAGAGUCAUGGCCUGGGUUUGGGGAAAGUGGAGAGGCUUUGGCCAUACCCCAGCCCUCUGAGGAGGGUACUCUUGUAUCAACCCCUACUUCUAGAAGGCUCCCCAGUCCUCGACGGCCCCACAGGCCUCGGAGGAACUCCCUGGAUGGAGGAGGCCGCCCUCAGGGUGGAGGUCCCAACCAACCUGAAUCCCAACAGUUUCAACUCAAGAAGCACAAUUAUUAUCCCCAGCAGCUUCAACCUUACCCAGCUCAGCGGCCCUCUGGUCCACGAUAUCCUCCCUACACCACACCUCCUCGAAUGAGACGACAGCGCUCAGCCCCUGACCUCAAGGAAAAGGGGGCAGCUGUGUGAGAGCCUAACUGGGGCUCCUUGCUGAGAGGAGAGAUGUGGGUUGCUGCUCCCCCAGUUGUAGGAUUAUUGGCACAGGUAGGGACAGAUGAGAAGGGCAGAGUAGGUGUUGGGGGGCUUGAGCAGGUUGGUCUUAGAGUUGGAGGAAGUAGUAGGAUGCACAGUGUAGUGUUGCCAGGAGUAAACCAAAGGGAAGAGAAGGAAAAGGGGGAUAGGCUGCCUUAAGGCCAUGUCUCCCAGAGGGGGGCCUCCCCCCAAAUGCUGCUAAGAGUGGGGUGCUAUGUAGCCAGUUUUGUGUGUGUGGUUUUUUUAAUUCUUUGUUUUCAAGUGGGGCAGGUAUGCUGACAUAAGAGAGCAUUACAAAAAUCCCCAAACCAGUGGGUUUCCAUGUUAAGGGGAUGAGGCCAUCCUAAGAUUUUCCCUUCCCCUCCAGGCCUUCCAAUAUGUUUUCAGGAGCAUGCCAGGUGUAGUUGGGGUCCCACAGCAGAGUGGGACCCUUCAUUAAAAGGAAGCAAACAGGAAGGUCUGUGGCUCAUUAGUAGGAUGAUGGUGUAUAUGGGGGGGCCAAAAGUGAGAGAUGUAUAAUAGAGAAAGAGACUGGAAUAGAAGACUAGGAGAAUCAGCAAAGUACUGUGUAGAUUUGUCUUGGAUGUGAGUCUAUUGAAUGGCCUCCAUGUCUAGGCUGACACACCCUGGGUUGCUUUGCUUUUUUUAGGGGAAGGAUGGUGAUGAAGAACAGAGGAGUGCCAUUUUAAUGAGGGAAACCUGCUCUUUACCCGUUCUUGGAAAAUUGCAAGGCAUCUAUAAAGGAAAUUCUUUUGAUUUAUCCCUCACUUUUGAUAGUGCUUUGGUCAUGUUUUUCCCUAAAGAACACAGUCCAGGGAUUAUUUUAAUUAACAGCAUAGUGCUUGCUAUGAUGAGUCACAAUACACUGAACAUUUAAAUUAGCAACAAAAGGGGUUCCCAGACAAUGGGGCCUCCAGAUCCAAAACCUGGGUCUUAGGAUUCUUACACUUUUUCUCCCAAACACUUCACUUUCUUUACCCCUUUAGGGAAGAGGAGGUAGACCUAUUAUUAUGAAGUUCCUGAUUCAAAGCCAAGACUCAGUGUCUUAGAGUGGGGAUGGGACAAAGGAUUUCAAAACACACUUAGCAGAAACUGACUCUGUACAAUUACUACUGCACACCUUUUGAAAGUUACUUUAUCACAGAGCUUAGAUUUUAUAAAAGCACUUUACAGUUACACUAUCCAAACAUCUUGCCUUCCUAAAGUCUUAUCAAGUGUCACUAUCACUUCUUUUCUCAUUACAUUGAAGAGAGGAGAGGAGUUGAAUGGUGAAUGGAGAUUCAAGAAAUGCCUUACUGAUCCAUUGGAAAAGCAGCUUUCUACAAAAAGGAACAUCACCCUAUUAUCUAUAUUUAAUAUCGAAAUAUCCCUUAUUGGAUGUAUUGUCUAUACUUUUGUAUUAAUCUUUCUUGAUCAUAUUUACAUUUUCAGCCUUUGCCAUCAUUAAGAGAGUGAAUGCCCACUUUAGAUUUUGCAUCUACCAGUGCCAUAACUACACCAGGGCAACUUAUGUUUUGUCCUCAGGUGCUCAGUUUAGAAAGAGUUAAAAGCACUUAUCUUUCAAUAUAGAAACAAGAGAGUUAAGUACUAAAGGUAGUUGGGGACAAUUUUCUUAAUGUUCCCUUCCUUCCUCUACCACAAGCAACUCAAUUGAGAUUUUACCAUGGAUAAUUUCCUGGUGUCGUUUGUGGUAAUUUUCUCUGGUGCAAAAAUUACUAGUUUGUACUCUUGGUUUUUUGCUCCUAAACUAUUUUUCAGACUUCAGGAGUUGGAAAAUGUUUAUUUUAGGAUUCAGUGAUUUGAUGAAUAAAUGCAUUUCCAUCCUAAUCACAUCUUUAGCAGUUUUAGAGAUUGUCUACUUUGUUUUUGACUUUUCAGUAGAAAUUGAUUUUUUCAAUCCUGUCCUUAUGAAAACCUUUGCAACCAACUCUUGAUACUUCACCUGACCCUUAAACCUUUUCCAAUUUUACCUUGUCUCUUUGAUGACAAGCACCUACAUCCAGUCUUCUAAGUGUAGGUGACUUUUAAAUUGGAGUGGGAAAUUCUCCAUUUUGCUGUUGACAUCCUUACUUGAUGACUGAUUUCUUGUUUGGCAGCUGAUUACAGAGUUAGUUUUGGAUUGUUUAACUGAUAGGUCAUUAACUCAACUGGGAAAUUUAUUCUGGUAUUGCACCAGACUUUAUGGAAGACAAAAAAAAUCACUCUUGCCCAUGAGGAACGUUUAUUCCAAUUAGGGACACUUAACUGCACAUGUAACUAAACAUUCAUGUCUAUAGUGCAAGGUACUCAUGGAUGCUUCCCAACAUUCUGUGAAAUAGAGCAAACAUCCUUGCCUUUUUAUAGUGAGGAAACUUACUCAGAAAAAGUGUGUUGUCAAUAGUCACAGUAACCAUUUCUACCAAGGUAUGAUUCAAUGUAACCUAUGCCUGAGAGUGUGGGAGGGGGGAAGACAAGCUAAAUGCACCCAACUUAACAAGAAAGUACUUGUCAUUUCUGCAUUUGACUACUUACAUUCUUUAGAUCAAAGUUGUAUUGAUUUUUUUAAAAAUAGCCAUUUAUAAAUAUUCCCCCCCCCCCCAACUCACUGUUGCAAGGACAUUUAAAACCAACCAUCAGCAUUAUAACCUGCAUCCAUACUCUUCCCUUUUAUCAAGCAGAGAAAACACCAAAAACCUAAAAUGUAGUCAAUGUUUAUGUAUAAUCUUAUUACUGGGGAGUUGAAAUUCUUAUAUAGGAAAUAGGUGAAACAGUCUCUGCCUUGGAAAUAAAAUUACAGCAGUGUUCUAGUGGAGGAAGGAAAGAGGAGCUCUAGACAUGGACAUCUGGGUAUGGAAUUCUUUUUUGUAUAUUUGCUCUUCAGAUUUAGAAAUUUCUUAUCCUGGGCGAAAUUAAGGUGCCUAACAGUUACUGAUGGAGUCAGGGCUAUUGAUAACCUUGUAGGCAAGCAGCCAGUAAUCUUGGGGUUGGUCCUGGUGGAUUGUAGUAGUCACAAACUGCCUAGGAAAAAGCCAAGAACAGAACCGGCUUUCCCUAAAUUUACAGCAUCCAAAUACUCAAACACCAGGGAUCAAUAUAGUAGAAGAAAUGGAAAGGAAGGGGAAAGCACUUAUAUUAUGCUUCCCAUAAAGAUUGCCUUCCUCAUCCUUUCCAUGGUCUGAAGUAGUGGUUAAGGUUUGUUCCUUUAGCACCCCAAAAAGGUCUGGGAGAAUAAACAUUUUAGGAGAUUGUGGGUAGAGGAGGGUGCUGUAGUGUUUUAAUUUCUUUUCAUUUUAAUUAUGUCCAAUAAACUAUGUUGCCAAAGUA